AUGCCUUCUUUCUCCAAAGUUUUUACUUUUCUGAGGUCUAUCGAAUAUGUAAAGAUUCCUUGCCUUUUUAUGUUCGCAGCCAUUGUCGGCAUGAAUCUUUCAUUGCUGUACUGUCUCCUGCGAGGAUGGAAACACGUUGGACUUUGGGGCAUUGGUACUCUUAUUUCCGGAUUCAUUGGAACUUUUUUGGCUUACAAGAAAAAAAUCUCUUGGUCUCAUCUUCUACUCUUGUGGUCGACGACCGAUGCCUUCUUUAGCAUGUGUUUAAGAUCAUGCGUCUUGAUUUACUUUUCCAUGAACCCCUAUAUAUUAUGCGAAGUCUUUGGCAGCGAAAACGUAAUGAUGUGCAGCGCCAAUAUGCAAAAGGUCUUUAUGGUGAUUGUUGCUGCAUCCAACCUAUACAGCUUUUUCCAAUUGGGUUGUUGCUUACUUGUUUUCAAUAACGUUAUUAAAAUCCACUCCAUUGAGGAUGUGGAAAUCCAAUAUAUUUCUGAUGGUAAAGAACAAGAAAUUCGUUUCCAAAAUGGUUUUGAUCUUCCUGAAAAGCCAAUUCAAUUGUAA